AUGCCUUACGUCAAUGCCGAUCUAUACGUGCCAUAUACAAUGUGCUCGAAUCGUCUUUUAAAUGGCGAUUUGAUCGACUUGGGUUCAUCCGAUGAACAGGAACAAUGCCCGAUUGCUACAUUGGAGCAGAUCCGUCGUGAUUUCGACCCUCUUUAUCGCUCACCAGAAAAGAACGUUCAUAUAGCAUCGACCAUUCCGUCCCUACAUGCCGUUGAUUCUGGUGUAGAGCAAGUUGGAAUAGGAACUGGUGUGAGACCACAGCCGAGGCAUUCUCCAUAUCAGGAAGAUGAAAACAAGGAAAACUACGAGAGCGAUUAUUUUUCUUUGGAUUGCAUUCGUCUGGAAAAUCAUGUACCCUCGGUUAUGCGACAGAUAGCGAUCGUGAAGGAACGGGGCAUGAAAAACUGCACUUCAACAUCCCUUUACUUCAUGUCGCCAAUUGCAGAUUACAUUACAACAUCGGCACUGAGUGUAAAAGUCGUCGUUAGUAAGGAUUACACGUGGGUUUUCAAACAUGUAGUAGAACAGUAA